AUGCAGGAUCAUGGGCUGACUUAUAACAGAUCCCCCCAAACACUACUGGAUAAGAACGGAAGGGUAAUCGGAGUCCUAGCUGGCCAACCUCGGGAUGAUGACUGGGAGCUUACAAUAUCUCAAGCCUGCGCUGCAAUGGAGAAUGCACGGGAGCGUUGCACCUUCAAGUUAUCUGAUACCCAUCACCGGCGAGGCCUCUAUCCAUGCCUUGGCGUUGGAGUAUCAUAUGGGGGUGGUCAACAGGAGCCCGGUAAUCUUCAACACUCCAAGACAAACCAACAGGAGCUUCGGACACUUCUGUCUGAACCAGCCAUUCAAAGGUUGGCAGGUUUUGGCAGUAGCAUACUUUGUCAUUACGCGCCCAAGGUCCAUAAGGUGUAUGCCAACACCAAAUCAUCUCUCAAGAGCAUGCAUCCACAUCUCACAUGGAAUUUUCAUAACAGUGUUUUUGCUGCUACCACGUUCAAUCUUGGACCCGCCACUGUCACAUUUGAUCACACCGACAAUGGAAAUUUCGCCAGUGGGAUGUGUAGCAUUACUGCGUUAGGAAAUUUCGACCCAACCACCGGUGGUCACUUGGUUCUAUUUGACCUUGGACUCAUCAUCCAAUUUCCACCGGGUGCCACCAUCCUGAUCCCCUCUGCAAUCCUCCGACAUGGCAACAUCUCUAUUGCUCCGCGGGAGAAAAGGUUAUCUUUUACUCAAUAUUUUUCAGGGGGUCUCAUCAGAUGGGUUGAAUAUGGAUUCCGCACAGAAAAGGCUUUUAAGCAGCAGAGCCCUGAAGCAUGGCAUGCAGCCCAGCUUCAGCGUCAGACUCGUGUUGAGGAAGCAGCUGUGUAUUUUUCGAUUUUCAAGGAGUUGGGAAAGGACUGUAGUGAGUACAUACCAUAG